UGUAUGAUGUAAGAUUACUGCAAUUUGGGUUAAUGGACACUUACAUCUAAUAACAUAAGUUUGAGUGACAUCUAGUGUUAAACUUCUGCAAAUGCAGGAAAGUUCCUGAAAACACGGGAGAGACCCAUUGACGUCAGCACUCCUGAGUAACAGCUCCGCCCAGUGGAGAGCUGUGGUAAUGGCAGGAAAGUUCCUGAACACUCUGGCGCUCCUGCAGUUAGAAUAUAAAAGCUGGGACAGUCCCACUGCGGAGACAGAAAGCAACACAAAAGAGAAGACACACUUCAACAAGAGUACUCACACACUGAAGAUGCUGUGCUCUCAUGGAUUCCAGUCUGCCCUCAGUCCAUUCAUAGAGUUCUACUGGCCUGUACGCAGUCUGAGGUCAGAGGUCAUACCUCUGCUGCACCAGCAGGCUCUACUGCAGAGAAACAUACAGGAGCUCUACAGCAGUCUGAUGGACAAACUACAACACAAGAUCCUGCAGGAGACACAGCCUUUCCAAACCAGUGUUGUCCUGCGACCUACAGUCUCCUACCAUCUGGAGAAAGAGGGAGAGCCCUUUGGCCUGACUCUGGACACUCAGGGCUUUUCUCCAGAGGAGCUGUCUGUCAGGCAGGAGGGCAGGAAGCUGAAAGUCAGCGGGAAGACAGAGAAGAAGCAGGAAGACGAGAAAGGCUGCUACUCUUACAGACGGCAGGAGUUCACACAGGAGUUUGAACUGCCUGAUGGGCCGAAACCUGAAGCCGUCACCUGCUACCUGGCUCCAGACGGGAAGCUCCACAUCCAGGCAGCCGACGCCCCAUGUGUGGAGGAGGCUGAGAGAGAGCGGACUAUCAGGAGGAGCUCGACGGAGAAAACACAGCAGAGUGUGUGUUCAUAUACAGAAGGCAGGAGCACGCAGGACAAUCCUGAAAACAUGGACUAACCUACAUGAUGUU